AUGGAGAACGGGAUGCCGUCUAGUGAAGGUGCAUCUCUCCCCCUGGAGAGCCAAGCUGCUAUGGUGCAGGGUGUGAUGUGGACGAUGACGGUGAUUCCUUUGAUCUUCGUUUUGAUGCGAUUGUAUGUGCGAGUAUACAUGCGGAGAGUAUUUGGCUGGGAUGACGCUAUUGUAAUUGUCGCGCUUGGUUGUAUGAUUGCAUACGCUGCUGUCUGUCAUGUUGCUGCAAAUCUGGGCCUAGGACAACACGUCGAAGUCGUCCAGAAAAACCCCGAUAACUUCAUCCAGCUGGCGCUCUUGUGCACUAUUAGCGAAUGCCUGGCAAUCAUGACAUGCACCAUUGGCAAGACCUCCUUUGCUGUCACGUUGCUUCGGAUUGUAGUCCAAAGAUGGAUGGUUAUCGUGCUAUGGUUCGUGAUCGUUACAAUGAACGUUCUCAACAUUUUGACUGCAAUCUCUGCCUUUAUGCAAUGCAAAGAUCCUCGACAUUUGUGGGAUCCGACGAUUCCAUCAGAGUGUUGGCCGUCGUACGUCUUUACCAAUUUAUCUCUCUUUGUUGGUGCCUAUUCCGCAGCACAAGACUUCGUCUUAGCACUGCUGCCGUGGACGAUUGUCUGGAACUUGCAAAUGAGGAAGAAGGAAAAGUUUGGUGUGGCCGUUGCAAUGAGUCUUGGAAUAUUCGCAGGUGCAGCAGCCAUAGUCAAGACUAUCCACCUCAUGGCCCUCUCAGACAAAGCCGACUUCACAUGGGAACUUGCUCCCUUGUUAGUCUGGGCAGCUGUGGAAGAUGGUCUCGCUAUCGCCGCUGCAUCCAUUCCCGCCCUUAAGCCUCUCUUAACGAAGAUAUUCCCCCGCACAGCGUCGGAUAAUUAUAACAUGAUCUCGUAUCCACGCCUGCCUCCCAGCAACAAGGUCUUCGACAACUCCCAGGGCGAAACGGAGACAAACAUCGAACAUACGUCUGUUCACAACUUGGGAAGUCACACGGGAAGUCAAACGACAAUCCUAAAGCCCCUCGCUCCAAAGGGAGAAAAGAUCAACAUGAUAACCGAGGUUUCGGUCACAUAUAAUCAUGGGUCGUCAAGGACCUUUGUUAAUGCAAAAUAA